AUGCUCUCUGGCUUCAGGUCUUUUUGGCACCGUCGAGCAAUGGAUCCUCUCAUAGCCGUCGUCGGCGCUACAGGGACAGGCAAGUCCAAGCUUGCAGUGGACUUAGCCUCCCGAUUCAAUGGCGAAAUCAUCAAUGGUGAUGCGAUGCAGAUGUAUCGCGGUCUGCCAAUUAUCACGAAUCAAAUCCCAGCCGAGGAACGAAACGGCAUCCCCCACCACCUACUCAGCUGCAUCGAUCUCAACGCCGAGGCAUGGCGCAUAGGAAACUUCAAGCGAGAAGCGCUACGACUCAUCGACGAUAUCCGGUCGCGUGGAAAGCUACCAAUUCUUGUCGGCGGCACACACUAUUACACCCAAGCGGUGCUGUUCAAAGACCAGCUCGUGGGGGAGGGAGCGGACGAAGGAGACGCCGAGGCAGGACAAGAGCUCGAGUCGACCUCGCAGAAAUGGCCGAUCCUUGACGCAGAGCCGGAAGUCAUGCUGGAGGAAUUGCGCAAGGUAGAUCCGGUUAUGGCUGCUCGAUGGCAUCCUAGAGAUGGGCGAAAGAUCCGGCGGUCAUUGGAGAUCUACCUGAAGACAGGGCGGCCGGCUUCGGAAAUCUAUAAAGAGCAGAUGUCGCAGAAGGAAGAAGCCGUGCAGAAGGAUGAGGGUCUACUGCGGUUUAAUACGUUGGUCUUUUGGGUCCAUGCUGAAAAGAAGAUCCUCAACGCGCGCCUGGAUGCGCGUGUCGAUGAUAUGGUCGAACAAGGCUUGAUGUCUGAGGCGCAGAAAAUGUCGGACUAUAUCCAUGAGAAACACUCUCAAGGUGUUGAAGUCGAUCAAACGCGCGGAGUUUGGGUUUCUAUUGGAUUUAAAGAAUUGGCGCCUUACUUUGAGGCUGUUCGGAAUGGGGAUCUCAGCGAGGAAGAAAUUGAAAAUCUCAGGCGGACAUCUCUUGAAUCGAUUCGAACGGCCACUCGACAAUACGGAACCUCUCAAGUCAAAUGGAUCCGCAAUAAGCUGUGGCGCGCACUUUCAGAAUCUGGAAAGACACAUUGUUUGUAUCUUCUGGACAGCUCCAAUAUCAGCGAGUGGAAGAACUGCAUCACUGAACCAUCGGAGCAGCUUGUUCAAAAGCUCCUUCGGAAUGAGCACAUGCCAGAUCCCAAAUCUCUCUCCGAGCUGGCGAAGACUGAGCUCAGCGCAAAGGAAGCACAAGGGCGGAUCAAGACCCAGACAGAGAUUCUGAAGUGCUACACCUGCGACCACUGCAAGAAGACCAUGUCUGGUGAGGACCAGUGGAACAUUCAUAUCAACGGAAGUCCUCACAAAAGGGUGCUUCGGGCGGGGAAGAAGAAAGCACAGCGCGAUGCUUAUUUCCGACAGAGAGAAAUGGAGGAGAAGCAGAAGCAGAUUCUCAACCCUGAAUUAUGA